ACGUGUUUACUCAAUGGGUAAGCAUGCAAAUGCUUGCGCAUUUAAAAACCGGGAUAGCAACUGAAACUUACGUCAGUGAUGAGAAGGCAGGUGUGAGCACUGUAUCAACAUCUCUGUAUUCAACAACCUGUUUUCACUACUAUUUUGCAGGUUGAAUUAUUGGCAAUUGUUUUAGCUUUACGUCAGUUACCUUCCUUUUUGUCAGCAGCCCUAAUAUUAAAAGAUUGUCCUUGUUUGUUCUUCGCUAACCACACUUACUUUAUCGAACGCAAUUGAAACGUUCCAAUUCUUCGUCACAAGACAUUUACACCUCGUUCGUUUGGUGUGCGUGCCGAGACGCAAAUGCUUAAUACUAAAUCAAUACGUUAAUGAACUCGCAGUAUGACCACAUAAUGGUUCGGUAAUUCCUAUUUUACCAUAAUCUGCGUACGUAAUAGCGGCGUGAUGAAGAAAAUUUGCAACUCAAAAUAUCUUUCACGAAAAUUCAUUGUCCGCCUCUGAGUUUCCGCCUCUAUUUUUCCUGGAAGAAUGAAUAGUGCUCCACGAGAAAUGCUGCAGUGUCGCUUACAAGGCUACGAUGUUGAGUCCUCCCACUAGACUUUUAAUUUCCCAGGUCUGGUCUGGCGAUAUCACAUUUGUGUCAUUUCUGUAAUGAAAGUGGAUCUCUGGAACAUUGUUAGCGUGUCACCGUUUAAAGAUUCAAAGAAAAAGAUCGUUUGAAGAACCAUUACGUAAACUUGGCUGGACGUUAACUCUCCGAGUGGUCCUUUCAAUUACUACUACCAAACUGGGUUUUAACCACAGGAACAUUUUAAAUACCCUGUGCAACUUUCUGUGCCCGACAAGAAGAAUGCAAUGAUAAAAUUUUCCGUAUCCUAUUUUUUUUUUUUUUUGUAGUUCCCAUCUUUAUAUUCUGUAACGUGUAUAUACAAUAGAUUUCGUAUCUAUAUCAGGUCGGUUAUAAUUUUUGCAACUUGCGCUUACCAGUUCCGAUUUAAACUAUAUUCCUCAAUAUUAGUAGUAUUUUUCGAACCCUAGCACCACCCGAUCACGGCCGAUUGUCCAGAGUGGGCUGCACCAGGUCACUGAGGAACAAUAACAAGACUGCUUAUUUUUCAGUGAACUGCUAUUUUGUAAAGAUCGCUCGACGCCACCACGCACAGAAGACGAGAAGUUGCGUAGCGGGAAUAAUAUAUUUGGCCUCGGAUGCAGGCUUCAGUUCGAACAGUUCGCAUUAAAAUUGCAGAACGCCUGCUACUUUCACAACUCUGCCAGGCGUCUUCAGCACUGUCAUUAGCCAGACCUAACGAAGAGGAGGAAAACGAUGGUGUAAACAUGGACCCGGCGGUAAGCGCCAGCCGAGUUUUCGUGCCACCAUUCUGCUAGGUGUGUCACCACUAGAAGAGGUGACACCAACAAAAUUUUUUUAUACUACCGUGAAGAAUAAAUCGCCCGAAAUAGCCAUGUGUCCCACGUGCGGAAUCUGCAUCGAGUCCCUGCGCCGGCGGGCGCCUCCGGUGGCCACGCUCUGCGGUCACGUGUUCCACGGGCCCUGCCUGGCCCAGUGGUGCGAAGCAAAUGGAGCCACGGACGCCCCGUGCCCUCAGUGCCGGCUGCCUAUCAGCCAGGGGGACUUGCGCAGGCUUUUCCUGGACGACCAUCGGCCCCGCCGCAAGAAGCACCGCCGCCACGACGACAGCGCUAAGGAGGACGUAGAGGAUGCGACGUUCGCGGCGCCCGACGACUUCUCGACAGAAGAGACCUCCGGCACCAGGUCUCCAUCGCCUUCGGUGAAUGAGACUUGGGUGUUCCCUCCUGAGCCAGCAACGUUCCUUGACCGCAUCCUGAUGAUUGUGGCAGACGUGAACGCGAUGGGCCGAGAGGCUGCUCAAAAAAUCAAGCUUCGCGUGCAGAUGCUGGAAGAAGAGGUUCGCAGGGGCGUCGAAGAAGCCGCCAUUCGCCUGGGCCCCUGUCGCUAAGCGCCGGAAGCUCGCCCGUUCAUCAACCGCUACACCUCGUCUGCCACAAACUUGCUCUCGAAGUGCAUACAAUUUGUAUUACCGCUUCAACGCGACACUAUGUUACUGCUGCCUAGGCCCUGUCAUUACAGUUGUCCCCGCGCACGCUCGGUCGAGCGCCAGCUGUCGGGUUUUCAGCAAAACUUCCAGGUGCGUGCGUGGUCAAGCUUGAGAGAAGAAAAAAAAAACAGCUCCUUAAAAAAGGGCGUUAGCGUGGGCCUGUACCUCUUCAUUAAUGGCUGUAUUGUUAACACUGUGUGCGAAACACACGCUACGUGCUAACUUGUAGAAAACAUCUCAUUCACGCGUAUAUUUAGUUUUUAUGUUUUGCUACUUCAUUUGCAAAAAUAGACGUGAAUAUUUGUUGACAUUCGUUUGCAUCGAAACGUAUCGCCGAAUAUUACGAAUGCAACAUUUCGGCCAAGGACACUUUGUAGGUUGUGAUUAAUUCCAAAUCCGGAUACACAAUGUAAAUGUACAAUUCUGACAAGGCGACACAUAGUGUUUUUACCUACCGGUUUCUGUAGGUGCAUUAAUACCUACACUCCAUGGUCCGUAUUUAUGAAAAGCUCUUACGUCCUUUGUAAGAAAUAAUCCCGGCCAAUACUGAUGCGGGACGUAUUAGCGAAGGCUGCAGGCCCAUGGCGACGCUUACGGACAAGAAGCUUUGUGAAGUUGGCCCUAAAUAAUUAUGCGCCUAUACUCGCACCAGGGAAUUCAUACACGAUGUCGAAACAAAGUUACUUUGCAGCAUGCUGCUGUGCAGAUAGAAUUGCUUACAUGGAAGAUUUAGCAUAAAAUAAGGUCUUUGGCAUUUCAAAGAUUUUUACGGAGGCGAACUACAA